GUCACUUUAAUCGCUGCAACAUUUCAAAGUUUACCCCUAUAUAAAUUUACAACCUUUUGCUGGCCGUGGACUUACAGAAAGCACUGGGAAAAGAAGGGUCAUUUACAGAAUCAUGCGCUCUAUCGUGACUCUGUCUGCUUUAGUUAUGGUGGCCAUUGCUCUGCCCAUGAGAAAGAGAGAGGGACCUUUAGAUGACCUUCAGCACUGGAGCAAGAUAUGGGGGACCACAGAGGAGGAGUUGAGCAAUGUUUCCAAGGAGGAGAUUGAACGAUAUACCGGACUUAUGCUCCGGGACCUUAAUGACGUCAUCAAAACCCUGGACUCUUUGCUAUCAGGGAAAGGAUUAGAGGACGGCGGUGAGAAAGCCCUGUAUCAGCUCGGAGGGAUGAUAAUGCUCACUGAAAUAGACGCUGCAGACGAGAGUUCUAUCAAGCCAAUGGAGCUACCCGAGGAUAAGGACAGUCAAUGCAGCGCUGACGCCGUAGAGAAACAAAACGGCUGUGAUGCCAAGUUUGGUGUGAUUCUGAGAUGUAUAAGAAGGGGGGUCGCAAUCCUUAUCAGCAGUCUGAAGAGUGAUGAUGACGCAUUGAAGAAGAUAAAAUUUUCCAAAGCUGUCAUCAAUAAGAUCGGUUCCAAGGCGGCAGGGAUAUUCGAGCUAGCAGAGGAAUGCUAUGACAAUCAGGAUAAUCAGAAUAAUGAGAACCAAAACCAACACUGGAUAGACACGUGGACGGCUUCGGAGGACGACGUAAAGAACGCCCCUGCCGACCAGAUAGAACGCUACGUGGAGCUGUUGUUGAGGGAUCUCGGGAGAAUGGUGCAGUCUUUUGACGUGGUCCUCAGCGGAAAGGGUGGAGAGGAAGAAGGCACGAUUGCACUGCAUCAUAUUGCUGGCGCCAUACAACUUCUGCAGCUUGAUGCAGUUUCCGGUGAAACAUCAAUUAAACCUAUGCAGCUUCCGGAAAACAGCGACCAAGGAUGCACUGCAGAAGACAUUGAAAAACAAGAUACUUGUGAUGCCAAGUUUGGAUUGAUCCUGAGAUGUAUCAGGGGCGGGGUGGUCGCGGUGAUUGACAGUCUAAGGAGUAACCAGACCGACAUUAUUGAAAAGAUCAGCUUUACCAAAGCUGUCAUCAAUAGAAUUGGCGCUGGAGCUAAGGGAGUAUUCCAGCUAGCAGACAUGUGCUAUGGGAAGAACUCUGAUAGGAACACUUACCAGCACUGGGUUGAUACUUGGAAAGCUAGCGAAGAAGAUGUGGCACAUGCUUCUCCAGAGGAGACCCAACGGUACACCGACCUUCUUCUGCGUGAUCUCAAUGAGGUCAAGAACAACCUUAAUGCUCUACUCUCGGGGGAAGAUACAAAAGAAAAUGGCUUUAAAGUAAUGCAGCACGUAGGGGGAAUGAUGGAGCUCUUACAGAUGGAUGCUGAUGACGAGAAAGCGAUCCGUCCCUUAGAUCUGCCGGCGGACGCUAACGACGGGUGUACACCGGCUGACGUAGAGAAGAUGACUGGCUGUGACAAGAAGUUUGAACUGAUCUUCCGGUGUAUGAAGCAAGGAGUGGAUGCUACUAUACAGGUCCUUCAAAGCGAUGCCGACAAAAUAAAGAAAAUCGGAUUUGUCAAAGCCGUCAUAAACGGUAUUGGUGCUAGUGGAACAGACAUCUUCCGUCUAGCAGGACACUGUUAUGAAGAUGGAAACAACAACAAGCGUGAAAACAAAAACUACGAUCACUGGAUGGAGACUUGGAUGGCAACCAGCGAAGAUGUACAGACUCUCCCUCAGGAAGAAGUGGACAGGUACACGAGUCUUCUCCUGCGAGACUUGCGGGAGGUAGUUCAGAACUUGGACCACCUUAUGGGCGGCGGCGAUGCUGAUAAGUAUGGCAAGAAAGCUAUGGAACACCUCGGUGGAAUGUUAUGGCUCUUGAAGACUCAUUCUGAAGCAGGAGAGAAAGCUAUUCAGCCUAUGCAGCUUCCCCCGGGCUCAGACCAGGGAUGUACCUCAGCGGAUGUUGAGAAUACAGAAGGUUGUGAUGCAAAGUUUGGUCUGAUUUUCGGAUGCGUGAGAAAGGGGGUCGAGGCUGUAAUCCAAAACCUGGAGAGUGAUACGGAUGCUGUGACAAAAAUCGGGUUUGCCAAAGCAGUCAUUCAUAGCAUAGGGGCCGAGGCAGAAGGCAUCUUUAAGUUGGCAGAUCAAUGCUAUGGAGAAAAAACAGAGAAAUCGGACGAGAAAGUAAGCCCGAGUCAAGCUCCGGACAACCAGAGGAAUAGAGAGGUGCAGAGGCUUGCACGCAUCUUGCGUCAAUAUUUGAAUGAGGAGUAAUCAAAAUACAGACACCCAUAAUACCCAUAAUACCCCAACACCGGAAGGAGCCUUUAAAAAAAGGGGACAUACAAUUGUACUGUAUAAAACAUUGAUGUAUUAGUAUCAUUUGUUUACAAACAAUGAUAUUAUUAAUUUUUAUCAUCUUUCACUUAUACCUUUCUAUUCGCUUUUAAUUCUUGUCCACGCUAAAAUAUGGAGAUAUCAAUACCAAAGCUUCAAAUAUCACGAGAGUCUUCCCUCUUUAAUAAUGGCGUUCGCAUUGUCUUCCGUGUUUGUAAUGAAUAAACAUUUGCAUUCUUAAA